GCCGCCAGCGGCUUCCAGCCCGGCGCCGUCCAGAGCCCCACCAGCACGGCGGGGCCGUCGGCGGACAGCGCCGCGCACGGCGGCUCCACCGCCGGCGAGCAGGCCACGACGGACGGCUCCACGCCCGGCCACGCAGCUGGCGACGAGGAGAGGGCGGCCGUGCUGGCGGAGCUUGGCGUCGACAUAGCCGACUACCCCGACGACUACGACGACCCUCAGAGCAGCGCGGUCAUCCGCGGGAGCAGCCGCCGGGCGAGUAAGGACAGCCAGAGCAGCGCUGUCAUCCGCGGCGGCAGCGGCGGCAGCCGCCUGGGCAGCCGGAUGCUGGAGCUCAGCGGGUUUCCCCACGGCGGCCUCGCCGCCGCCGACGCCCUCACGGUGGGCAGCGUCUCUCGGGCCGCCGACGCGGAGAUCUGGAGCCGCCUCCACCAGCAGCUGGCCAGCCUGCAGAAGAACGUGCAGUCUCUGGGCCGUCGCUUGGACGUCAUGCAGCGACGCAUGCUGCGCCGCAUGGUGGGGUGGAUCUCGCGCUCGGACGACACCUGGGAGGACCAUAGCCGCAGGGUGAAGCUCAAGCUUAACGCAGCCUUGAACAACUGUCUCCUAUACGGUUGGAGCCACGUGGUGCGCGACAGGAACUCGACGUUCAUCUGGCAACUACCAUCGUGGCCGACACUCGCGCGUCAAGCGGCCGAGUGGCUGCCGCGGGACUGCAGCGACCUGAACUAG